AUGCCCGCUUUACUCCUACCCCGCGCCACGGGCGACGAGAAUCGAGGACCUGGACAGAUUGCUUGCAUGUCCGUGACUGCGAUUGCGGCGCUGGUGGUGGUGUGUCUUCGAGUAUAUGUGAGAAGGAGUUUCGUGCAGCGUCUUGGGCUGGACGACCGGACCAUCAUUCUUGCCAUGAUCUUCGGCCUUAUCACCUUGGCUACGGAUAGCGUCAAAGUCGCAAAUGGCUUUGGCAGACAUGUGGAUACUCUUGACCAGCGACAGCAAUGGACGAUUAUUAGGUUUUCCAUUAUCGGAACACCGACCCUCAUCAUCAGCCAGGGAUUGGCGAAAGUGUCGAUAUGCUUCCUGCUAUUACGGUUGUUGCGGGAUGCGAAGGCACCAAGAAGAAAGAUUGCGUUGCAUGCGUUGAUCGCCUUUUUGGCAAUAUACACAUUUAUGACCGUUGUCGUUCUUUUGGCGCAGUGUAAUCCGAUCUCGAAAAAUUGGGAUAAAUCGAAGCCAGGGAGCUGCUGGAAUCCGGCCGUGCUUUCGAAUGUUGGGAUCGUGCAUGGAGGUUUCAACACAAGCAAAGACUUUGCUUAUACUCAAAUUCCUCUCUAUCUCUGGGCGGAUCUCGAGCAAAAUCUAGCGAUCAUAGCAGCAUGCAUUCCCACACUCCGGCCCCUCUUCCGCUUUUUCGACCACAGCAAAGUCCAGAACUCAAUAGGCUGGACGAGCAAAGGCGAGCUUACAAUGGCUGAGCCGCAAGAGCCACAAUCGUCAGAAGAGAUUACGACAGGUUCCAACCAGACCGACCAAGAGAUCAAGCCGUUCAACGCCUCCAAAGUGCAGAGCGAUAUUCCAAUCGAGCACUGGGAGAGGCUGUUGCUCGGCAAGAAAAUGGUCGGCCCAGAUGCACCAGAGGACCCAGCUGUGAGGUCGCCCCCCGAUGCUUCCCAAGGACUCCUUGCUGACUAUGUAGUAGACUUUCAAGCGUUCAGAGUUGCCCGAGAAACAUCAAUUCCAUCCAGGCCCUUCAAAUAA